AUGAUCAUCUGCUCCUGGAAUGUCAGGGGUUUGAAUGACCCUGGCAGGGUAGCUAAUGUUAAAAGGCUACUUAGAAAUCAUUCAAUUGAGGUCAUUGGUUUACUUAAGACUAAGGUAAAGCAGGGAAAAUUCAAGAUUCUCCGGAAGAAGUUUGGGUUAUCUUGGUCUUGGGUUGAUAACUAUUCCUGUUCUCAGAAAGUUAGUCACAGAGAUGCUACUGCUCCAAUCCUUUGCACCUUUGUUUAUGGUCUCCACUCUAUACAUGAUAGGAAAGCUUUAUGGACUUGGAUUCAGAGUCUUGAUUAUGAGGUGAGAGAUUUUCAAAGUUUUGUUGAUAUUAUGGAGUUUUGUGAGAUUAAGAGCAAAGGCCUCUUUUAUUCUUGGUCUGAUAAGGCUCAUGAGGGGCCUAGGACCUGUACUAGAAUUGAUAGGGGUUUGGUCAACCAGAGGUGGUUGGAUAUUUAUGGGCAUGUUGAGGCCUUUGAUCUGAAUCCUGCUCUUUCGGACCAUAGCCCUGUCUUGAUUGAGCUUUGUUCUGCUCCUUCUUCCCAAGGAAGGCCUUUCAGAUUCUUGAACUGUAUAGCAAAGCAUGAUCAGUUUCAAAAUACUGUUAGGGAUGCUUGGGGUAAUGUUGUGGCUGGAAAUGCUAUGCUGAGAGUGUGGAAUAAACUUAAAAAUGUUAAAAGCAAAAUUAAGGAUUUGCAUUUGAAGCAUUUUGCUAAAACUGCUGAACGGCUUGAAGCUGCUCUUGUUGAUUUAGAUAGUAUUCAGAAUGAUAUUGUUGUUAAUACUGAUGAUCCUGAGCUUCAACUUAAAGAGAAUGAAGCCAUUGCUCAUGUCAAGUACUGGACUAGAAUCCAGGAAAGUAUUUAUAAGCAGAAAUCUAGAGUGGAAUGGGUGAAACUAGGAGAUGCUAAUAAUCAUUACUUCUUUUCUAUGAUGAAGCAAAGGAACUCUAGGAAUAGAAUUGACUCAAUUUAA